UGCCUGAGGAGCAGCUAGAUUAGCAGUGUGUCGUUUCAGCUGGUCAAACGUUCUCCCACAUGGCCUCUCACACACACACUUGCUGGCUGUAGGUGUGUACACGUGUCUGUGUGUGUUUGUGUGGCACGGGAGAAAACUUGCAAGUGGACUUAAUCUUUCACGCUCUGGAUUGGUAGAGGGUGACAGAGUUGAGACAUUUAAAUGCCAAAAAAGCGAAAUGACAGAGGAGAAGAUGGGUCUCUGCUGGAGUGGCACCAAGGAUCAGUUUGAUAACUUGGAGAAGCACACACAGUGGGGUAUCGACUUCGUGGAGAGGUACACCAAAUUCGUCAAAGAGAGGUCGGAGAUAGAGCUCAACUAUGCAAAGCAGAUUAGGAAUCUUUCAAAGAAAUACCAGCCGAAGAAGAACUCCAGAGAGGAGGAGGAGAACAAGUACAGCUCGUGCCGGGCCUUCCUGUCCACGCUGAACGAGCUGAACGACUACGCGGGUCAGCACGAGCUGGUGUCGGAGAAUCUGACCGCGCAGAUCAUCGCCGAGCUCGGGAAGUACACGCAGGAGCUCAAGUCGGAGAGGAAGACGCAUUUCCACGAUGGACGGAAGGCACAGCAACAUAUUGAAAACUCCUGGAAGCAGCUGGAAUCAAGCAAGAGGCGCUUUGAGAGAGACUGCAAGGAGGCGGAUCGAGCACAGCAGUACUUUGAGAAGAUGGACGCCGACAUCAACGUAACGAAAGCAGAUGUGGAGAAGGCGAGGCAGCAAGCUCAAAUGAGACACCAGAUGGCUUCAGACAGUAAGAAUGAAUACGCAGCAUACCUGCAGAAAUUCAACCAGGAGCAGAAUGACCAUUACUACUCCGUCAUCCCCACCAUAUUUCAGAAAAUCCAGGACAUGGAGGAGCGGAGGAUCGAGCGGCUGGGCGAGUCCAUGCGCACCUUCGCCGAGGUGGACCGCACCAUCCUGCCCAUCGUGGGCAAGUGCCUAGACGGCAUGACUAAAGCUGCAGAAUCAAUUGAGGCCAAGAAUGACUCCAAGCAGGUGGUGGACUCGUACAAGUCGGGCUUCGAGGCGCCGGGCGACGUGGAGUUUGAAGACUACGGUCAGGCGAUGAAGAGGGCUGUCUCGGAGACCAGCCUGUCCAACUCGCGCGGCGAGAGCAAGCCCGAGAAGGCGGCCAAGCGACCGGGCAAACUGUGGCCUUUCAUCAAGAAGAACAAGCUUAUGUCCCUGUUAACGUCCCCGCACCCCCCCCAGCCGCCCCCGGCACCCCCUUCCUCCUCCACCUCCUCCUCCUCCUCCACCUGCCCCCGCCCCUCCUCACCUUCUGCUGUUCCCAACGACCCCCAGUCACCCAAGCAGCCGCGCGAGCCCCUGGGCCACCGCCUCAACGACCUCAUGACCUCCAAAUCCAAAAUGCACUGCCUCCGGAGCCUCAAGCGAGGGCUCACGCUCAAUUCCCACAUGCGGAGUCUGAUUGAGGGCUCCGGACCAGAGGACUUCAGCCACCUUCCACCAGAGCAGAGGAGGAAGAAGCUCCAGGCGAAGAUAGACGACAUCAACAAAGACAUUCAGAAGGAAAUGGAUCAGAGAGAUGCUUUGACAAAGAUGAAGGACGUGUACAUAAAGAACCCUCAGAUGGGCGACCCCACAAGUCUAGACCCUCGACUGGGAGAGAUCGCUCAAAACAUCGACAAGCUGCAGGCAGAGGCUCAGAAGUUCGAGGGAUGGCUUGCCGAGGUUGAGGGCAGAUUGCCAGUGAAGAGUGACGCCCCCAAGAGGCAAAGCGUAGUAUUCUCCGAGACUCCGAACAAUGCACCCGUCGCACCCGUGACCGUCACAACAACGGUGACCGUCACCAACAACUGUGCACAGGACAGAGAAAGCAGCCCAGAUGGCAGUUACACAGAGGAGCCCAGCUCCGAGCCGCCGGUGAAACCAGCUGACCCCGAGUUUGAUGACGAGUUUGAGGAAGACGAGACCUUGCCCACCAUAGGCACCUGCAAGGCCCUUUACCCCUUUGACGGCACGAACGAGGGCACCAUCUCAGUAGCGGAGGGCGAGUUGUUGUACGUGAUCGAGGAAGAUAAAGGCGAUGGCUGGACGCGCGUGCGCAGGAACGAGGAGGAGGAGGGAUACGUGCCCACCUCUUAUGUGGAAGUCUUUCUGGACAAUAACACCAAAGAUUCCUAAGAGAGUGUGAUGGCUCGGUGGAAGACGGAGGAAAAGCUGCCUGAGAUAAACACUGCACUCGGAAAGUGUAAAGGAGAGAUGGAGAGAGAGAAUGACAGGGGGAGGGUGGAGAGAUGAAGAGAGCUGAUAAAGAGGAAUAGCUGAUUUUUUUUAAAGCUUUGAUACUCCGAUCUAUUUUCUUUUUUCUGAAUCUCUCUUGUGUGUCAGUGUUGUACCUGGCGCCGUUAAAAGAAAAAAAAAAAAAAUCAACAACAACCUGGGUCAAAAUCAGAAAGUCAGCUCUCAUACAUGUUUUAUAAAAAUGUUUCAUUGUUUUUAUUUUUGUUUUUCUUCGGUUCAGCUCUGGUGUCUGUUACACGUGUUCUGUCGUCACGCUGUGUGUUGUCCAGUCGCGCUGGUGUUUGCACAGUCCGUCACACACACAUUGUACUUGCUCUGCUGCUCCUGCUCUUCGACACCUUGGUUUUUAUGUGACCCUUGGAAAAAGAGGGCCGUGAGGGCUGUCCAGGUAGAACCAGUCACCGCCACAGAGGGGCGCCAUUGCAUAUGCAUGCAGACGACUCACCUCUCUACGCUCCUGUCUCUUCUCAUUUUUCACUCACUCUGUUCAGUUUGGUCUUGCAAGGGUAUGCCACGGCGAGGGACGUCAUGAGGGUAAAUUAUUAAAUCUCUUCAUGUUUAGCUGGAGGCGAUAAGUCGGCACACGCAGAAAGUCCUCGUCAGCUUUGGAAUGACGGGUGCCGUGUCUAAAAACUGAACAACAACGUGUAGUGUGAUCCACAGUUUGUAAUCAACUUGAUCCACAAAGUCAAGUCAGUCGAGUCUGGGUGUCAAGUCAUGCCAACCGCUUCGUUCCAGACACGUGGGCCCUCUGGUUGUGCCAUCCCCUUCAUGCCAGGGUCGGGCUUAUUUGUUCCCAUGUUCUAACAGUUCUCCCUCUCCUUCUGUUAUUAGUUUAGCUUCACACUCAUAAACACUUCCAUCUAUCCCGCUGGAUCAGUUUUCUUUCAGGCUAGGUUCACUUUAAACCCAUAGUUUGCUUUGCUCUCUUUUCAGUUCUCUUUGCUUAUAGCCAUCGCCACUUAAUCACAUAAGAACCUAGGCCACAAUCAUCAGGGUGUUUGUGUCUCCUUUUCUUGUUUCCUUUGUCUAUAAUGUAUACAUGGUAUGCAUUAACUACAGAUGUACUGUGAGUGAAUAUGAACAGGUCAUUCGUGAUACGUGUGUGUUGCCGUAUGACCUGCCUCUGUGAUUUGGUUUUUAUCAGGGGGGUCAAUUUACAGAUUGACCUUCACAAACCUAGCUACUGUUCAGCAGUGUCUGUCUAGCAGUGGAGUCCGUGCACACAUUUUCUACACAGUGAACCUGUGACCAUGAUCACCACAUCAAGCCUUAAAGGGGCAUGAAUGAGAGAUAGAACCAGACUCCAUUUUACAUGCAAUGUUAUGAUCUGUGGUAUAAUUUUUUAACAGGCUUUUUUGUUCCAUUAGUGGUGAGGUGCUCUCCGUCCUCUUACAGCUUCUGAAAGGAUGUGAUCGUUUGAGUUUCACGUCGGUUCUUUGAUGGAUGAUGGACUGUCUUAUGUCGCUUUGGGGCAAAAGAGAGAUGUCUUUAGAUCGAAAUGCUUAUUUGUUUUGUAGCUGUUUUUAAUUAUUUUAUGUUUUUUUUUUUUAUUGCUGGAAAUUUUAAAUUGCACCUGAAUCACGUAUGCCCACAACCAGACCACACAAGUGAGAAUAAGAAGUGCCACAUCAGAACUGUAGAGCCUUCAGAGACCUGAUGUGGUUCGGUGAGGAUACCACCUUUUUAUUUUGCUUAAAGCCAGAAGUGUGUCUGGGAGAUGUUUGAUGAAAACAUGUUUGUAAAAUGUAUUUACUUGAGGAACAUUUCAAAAACCGAUGACUGAAGUGCUAUCGAUCAUACCACUCACUGUAAAUAUAAAUUCCAGAAAUGACAAAUAUCCAAAUUAACACGUAUAGAGUCCAGCCAAGAUAAACAUGUGAACAAGUGCAUCAAACUCAUUACUUCCGUGUUUCCGUCCAAAUCUAUGGCGACGUGUGUAGAUACAGUCAUGGCAAAAUGCUGUUGUUUUUCCGCUGUUCUGUUAUGUUGUUAGUGGAAGGGCUACGGAGAGAGACUGCCAUCAUCAACACUAGCAGACUUCUAGGCAGUGUGAUGUCUUGAUCCACAGACACAGCCACACAACUGCUGGAUAUCAACAGGAAGUAGGACCUGCGUCACGCCCAACUGACUGAGGGGAAACCAUUGAGGAUGUUCCUCCAGUCUCUCUCAUGCUCACACCAUUGGCCCUCACUGUACAGACCGCUUGGCCACUCGGAAGCAGAGAGUAUAUAUAAAUAUAUAGAUAAGAGAAUAAACUAAGAAAAAAGGAGAGAGAGUCUAUUUUUAAGGUUUUAACUAUUUGAAGGUGUUGUUUCUUUUUUUCCCCCCCUCCGCUUUGCUAAAUUCAACCUUUUUUCUUCUUAUUUCAUGGUUCAGUUUGGUUUGGCUAAAUGUCCAAACAAUGUGUUUUGCACUUUUUUUUUCCGUUUGUUCCAUUUGGUAUGCUUGUUUCUCAGCACUGAAUACGUUGUAUUGUGUUAACUGUGCCAAUUAAACAUUCAGAAAACAAA